AUGAACAACUUCUGCCCUAUUCUGAUGCUGGUUGUGUUGCAAUUGGCUACUGUGCUCCACGCCUCCGCGCAAUCAUCGUCAUCGAAGCAUAUUGUCACGAUCAGCGGCACCGCGUGGAGCACGGUGGUCCAGGGCAGCCCCACUGUUCUACAAAACGCGCUUCUCCGGGAUAUUGAACCUAAGCUGAAUCGCCCACACUCCUUUGAUACCUCCAUUACUGUCCCUUCACUGACCGCUGAUGGUGCUUUGGAGGCUCUCAUAUUUGUGGAACAGACUCUGCGUACGGACAUCGACUCAGCAAAUCUGCAGCACAUAUGGUCCGCCGAAGAGGUCACCUCCUUGAUGACUCAGAGCGCCUACAAUGCCACACGGGCGCUUUACCCUGGCUCUGACACAGCCGUCCUCGUCAGUAUCAGGAUUCCCGACGCCGGCAAACAGCUCAGCGAGUGCACCAGCGUUUGCAAAGGCAUGAUUGCCAUGGGGGCUGUGGUUGGAGGUUUUAUGAUUAUUGUGCUUCUCUUUGUGGUGUCUUGUCUGAUUUGCGGGCGUGGAUAUUCCCAUCCAGACAACGCUUUAAAAGAUUAG